AUUCUUCUUUCCGAUAAAGGAUCUCAGACCAGCUGCUGCCAUCUUGUGGCUGAAGUUAAUCAUAACAGCUGUUCUGAAGAAGAGGGGUUAGCACUAUCCACUGACCUGUAUAGUGCACUCUGUAGUGUUUUGCGUAGUAUUGGUUGUAGACUGGGAUUUCUAAUUAAUUUAAAGCUUUUUACGCAUAUCUGAGACCAGAACUUUUGGUCUAAACUGACUGAUAAAUCUGCUUCCCAUUUUGCAAUAGGAAGAGAUAUUGAUUCAUCUAUUUUGGAGACUGUCCUGUAUAUUUUAGACAGUAUUUUGGGGGUUUUAAGAUUAAGGAAUUGUGAUGGUGUUUGUUAUUUAACUUCAUUAGCCUUAAAUUCCUUUUUGUUUGUUUUUUUUUACUAUAGAUUUAAUUUGUUGAUAUUCUAAAAAUCUAUUCUUGUUAGUCCCACACUGUAUAGCUAGUCUAUCAGAUGGACUAGUCUGUUCCUUAGAAUAUAUGCUCCAAGUAUUUAAUUCAUUUACAACUCCAAUCUGGGAAGUUAAUUAUAUUAUUGUUUUGUAAUAUGUCAGGGUUCUUCCAGAUAGGUGAACGUUUGCAUGGGAUUAAUGAAGACUCAUCAUUUUUAGAAACUCCCACCAUGCUGUCAGGAAGGAGCUGAUAUUGAUGUCAUUUGAUGUUUGAGCUGAUAAAUGGUAGUUCCAAAAUCUCUCUGUUAUUGUUAGAGCCUGUUCUACGUCUAGCCAGGGCCCAUCUGAAAGGGUAUGUUUUAACCAUCCUAAGCCUGUUGGCUAAGAAGUUAGGCAGAUCUAGUCCUUCUUUGUCCUUUGUAGCUUUUUUAAGAUAACACACGGGGGUUUAUAUUUCUAGACUGCAGUGGUGUAGAAGAAGAAUUAUGAAACGAGCAAUUAAUCAGAAGAAGUAUAGAUACUGAAUAAUCUGAAAAUCUUGAAAAAGAGUUUAUUAAUAUAAUUACCUCAGAGAGAGUGGUUUGUGAGUCUUGGAGAAAAAGUAAACAUCAUCCGCAUAAAGAUGUUAUGUUCCACAUUCUUGCAUCCUAUGCCCUCAAUCACUAUAGCCUGUCUAAUUCCUGCUGGAGUUCACCUGUUGUCAGCGGUGAAUCCAGCGUUAUUGCUUGACUGUCUUAUUAAUAAUUUCAUUUAAUUCUAGUUUUACAUAUUUUGUUCAGUAUUUCCUGUUCCUGUUGGGACACGAAGGCUUCUUUGGAGGAUUUGAUGUUUUUUUUCUAAUCCCUGAAUAUAUUUUUUUCUUUUUAAAAUGAAAUGCAAUUAUUUUAACUCAUCACAGCUUUCCCUGCUUCCCAGAGGACAGAUGCUGAUGUUCCAGGCAGGUUAUUAUAGUGUAAAUCAGGGGUGUUAAAGUCGUUUUGGUUCACGGGGCAACAUACAGCCUAAUUAGAUGUCAAGUGGGUUAGAGCAGUACAAUAUUAACAUAAUUACCUAUUAAUAUUAAUAAUUAUAAUAAGUCCAUGUUUUUUCACCUUUUUCAUGCAAAGAAGUACAAAUCCAUUAGAAAAUCUUCAUAUUUAAUCAGAUAUCCCUUUUCAAAACAUAUAACAACCUUCGCUUUCUAAAUUCAAGUGUUGCACAAAUACAAACAAAAGUUUAAGCCAAAGGCAUUUGGAACUGACAACAUAGUAUUGCACUUUAACGUUCAUGGCAUUGCACGAACAAUAGGAUGCCACCAAACCAAACUAAUUUGUAGUAAAGCUGUUGACUUACAUUAAAUUGAAUAUUUUUUUUAACUUUUUCUACAGCAAGAAUUCAUUUUCACAGAACUGUUUUCUUUAAGUGUAGUUGGCGUCUGAAGCAACAUUUCAGAUUCUUAUCUGCAGUGAUGUUAAUAUAACCAGGGAGUGAUGCAGGGUCACGAUAGAGCUGUCCGUCCACGUAGAGCCCUUAUUAAUGAAGACUUAGGAACAGGACAUUGUGUUGCUCCAGGAUCUCUUUAGGGAAAUGGUGGUUUAUGCUGAAGUCCAAUCCUUUAGCGUUGACGCAACUCUUCGCUGGUCUUUCUAUUUGAAAUGUCCGAAUUUGGCCACAACAGGAUGCUGUCUCCUGGCAACCAACCUCUUAGGUCUGAGACGAUGGACUCGAUCGCAGCUUUUAAUUAGUUGCUUCUGCAUCCUCUGAGAUACCAGAAAACACAUAGUUUUCUCUCAUACUACAGGCCUGCAUUUAUUUUCUGUAUUAAGAUGGGUCACAUUCUCAGUUAGAGACUUAACUCAGUCGCGUAGCGAGGACUUUUUAGGAGCGACCGUUUCCACCUUAUUCUGGCUGAAUUCCAGAGAUUCCCGCAGGGAUUUAAAUUUCUGCUGUAAAAUCUUCAGCAGGGACAACAUCGCAUCGAAGCUGGACAAUCGCCUAUCAACUGACUCCAGGAUGUCAGUAAAGUUGUUGUAUUCUUGGUUCGUCUAAUUUCUCCUCUCUGUGCUCCAGGCUGAUGGAGAUGAUUAUACAAAUUUGGUUUAUUAUUUGUCAAUUGAUUGUAUACUAUAACUGAAGCUUUGUGAGCUAACAUUUAGGGUUUUUUUUUUCCUUGUCAACUCUUCAGCAUCUAAUGUGACCUACGGCACAUUAGAUGCUUCCCUCUCCUUACCUGGGUGAGGUAAGGAGAGGGAAGUGACUCAUUACUUCCACAAUAGAAGGAUCUCAAUUUCAUUAUAAUCGGACAAAGUGAAUCAAAUGCAAACAACCACAAUUCAAAUAUUAGAACCAUUUCAUAUAUGGAGUUAAACAUGAAUCAUUGUUUAAAAAUAUAUUUAUUGUUGUCAUAAAGAAUCAAGAGGGCAACAACAAACUGCUGCUCCAAUUGAACACGCGUCAGUCCAAAUCCCAGCAAUCUAAAUCGUCUCCAUGUAUUUCUUUUACUUCAGGAGCAUUUUGAAACUGAACCUGACUGGAUGCUGUCUUGUCUGACUAAAGCUAACGGACUACAAACCACAGGAAGGUGGAAUCAACUAAAGACAUUCCAAACUCCUGCAUUAUCAGCCAUGAUGGAUAAUUUGUUUAUGGUGUUUACACUUAUUUGUGAAAUAUUGUUUUGUUAUAACAUUAUUCAUAUUUUAUUUUUAAGCUGGGCUAUCCUGGGGCUCAGUGCAUCUUUCGCUCUUAAACUCCUCCUACAAACUCAGACUCUUCUCCUGCAAACCUCAGAAGAGCUCGCCCCGCCCGCAGACUGUGGACCAAUAGGAGAGCUGGCCAGCUGUGCACUACCAAUCGUCUGUCGACGGAAGUUGCGUCACCAGAAAACAACAACGGCACCUCCGCUAUGUUUGGAAAGUCGCAUUUCUUUUAUCUUUACAGAAGUGACAUCACUGAAGUCUUUUGGACAACAGGACCACAGAGACAGGAUGCAAGUAAGAUGGCACCAACAACAGCAGCAGAAAGGCAAAGGAAGUAUCGUGAACGCCUUAAAGCUGAUCCUGAAAGAAGGGAGAGAAACCUGCAGACUGAGCGUGAGAGAUGGAGAAAGAAUGUAGAGGCAGGGAAGAAGAAAGCAAUUAAUGAACUGAGUAAAAGAGAACAGCGUAAGAAAAGAAAAAUGUGGAGAACAGCUUACCAUAGGAGCAAGGAGAGGAAAGAAGUGCUCAAGAACUUGAGCACUCCUCCACAGAGUCCUGAUCAGGGAGAUCACCCAGAGCAGCCUUCACAGCCAAGAUCUUCAAGGCAACGUCUGGUGGCUCGGAAAAAGUACAGAACAGAAAAAAAUAAGCUCAAGAGGCAAAUAGCGGAACUCCAGGAAAAACUUGAAAAAGAAAGAAAAAGCAAAGAAAAAUACAAAAAAAGGUGCCAACGUUCAAAGAACUUUUCGGAUUCCCCACAGUCAAAAAUAACACGACUCGCUUCACAUUGCCCCGUUAACCCCCAAAUAAAAAAAACCUUACUUUUCCAUGAAUCACUCAUUGAAGAUAUUAGGAAUAAAUACAAAAAUGCCACCAAGGACAGAGAAAGGCAGCUGAUUGCCAAAGUCGCGACAGGGAGAAUUAUAAAAAAAUACAGGUUGCAAAAGUUUGCAAGUGACUCCCUCGGAUUUUCAAACAAGAAUUUUAGACAUCAUGACAGUCUUCAUUUUGAAAGAAAGAGGACCAGCAGGUUUACUGAAGACUUCAAAAAAAGAAUCAAGGCAUUCUAUCUCAUGGAUGACGUGAGUAGAAUUACCACAGGAACCAAACAAACACUCACAAAGGACAAAUUAAAAAUGCAGAAGAGGUUCCUGAUGGACACAAUGGAAAAUAUCCACAGAAGAUUUUUGGCAGAAAACCCAGACCAGAUGAUAUCCUAUUCCCUUUUCUGUCAUCUUCGCCCCUUUUGGGUUGUGAAUCCAACACUCUCUGAACGUGACACAUGCAUGUGUAAGUUGCAUGAAAAUCUCAGCUUUCUGGCAGUGAAGCUCCGUCAGUUGAAACUCAUUGAGACUGCCAACAUUGAAGAGUUGAUAGAGAAGGUUUGCUGCAACUCAUCCAGCAAGAGUUGCAUGUAUGGAGAGUGUGUCCAUUGCAAGGACAAAACUGUCCACAUCACAAGUGCAUACAACAGCACCGCAACCACAUCAUUUACCCAGUGGGUGAUAGAGGAAAAGGAGAUAGACAAAAAGGGAGAAAAGGCAACUGUCAAAGUGACAGUCAAGAAAUCUGUGGAGGGCACACAAGAGGACCUCAUUGAGCUCUUCCAGAGCUUUGUAAAGAAAUUUAAAAUGCAUCACUUUAAUAUCAAGCAGCAGUAUGCCUUCUGCCGUGAGCUGAAGAACAACAUGUCAGGGGAGGAGGCUUUGAUACAUGUUGACUUCUCAGAAAACUACAGUUGUAAAUACAGUUCUCAAGUUCAGGCGGUCCACUUUGGGGCUUCACAUCAGCAGGCCACCCUUCAUACUGGUGUGUUGUAUGUUGGUGGACUCUCAGAGCCUGUGUGCUUUAGCACCAUCUCCCCGAGUAGACAUAAAGGCCCUCCAGCAUUAUGGCAGCACCUAAAUCCUGUGCUAGAUUACCUUCAAGGCCAACAUCCACAAGUGUCUGUGCUGCACUUUUUAAGCGACGGACCCUGUACGCAAUACAAACAACGAGGAAACUUCUACCUUUUCACUACAGAACUGGACAGAAGAGGAUUCAAGGCUGGUUCUUGGAAUUUUUUUGAGGCUAGUCAUGGAAAAGGAGCACCAGAUGGUGUCGGGGGAGCCUUAAAAAGAGCAGCUGACAUGAUGGUAGCAAAGGGGCAUGACAUCCCAGAUGCAGAAGAGUUAUUCAGGGCCUUGUCUGAAACAAACACAAGUGUGAAACUGUUCUUUGUGAAACGUGAAGAUGUUGAGGAAGCUAUGAAGAAAAUGCCAAAGCAGAUACCAGCUGUUCCUGGAACCAUGAGACUUCACCAGGUCAUUACUGUAGCUCCAGGAGAACGGAUGGUUCGUGAUGUAAGCUGCAUGUGCACAACAAGGAAGCUGUUUAACUGCAAGUGCUUUAACACCCAGUGUUUCACUUUUGGCCAGACGAUAGAAACGUCUGUAUCACAGACAGGCAGUGGGGGGAAUCCAGAAAAAGAAAUCCAGUGGGAAAGUCCAGAGCUGAUUGGUAAAUGGUGUAUUCUCAGAUAUGAUGAUGAUUUGUAUCCAGGCAUCAUUCUAAACAUACAAACAACACAAGUCCAGGUCAAAUGCAUGCAUCGUGUUGGGUCAAACCGAUUCUUCUGGCCGCAUCAGGAUGAUAUCCUCUGGUACCUGUUUGAUGAUGUCCUUGAACUCAUUCCACCCCCACAGGCUGUGACAAGACGCCAUGUGGAAGUUUUGAAAGAGGUGUGGAACCGACUCACAAGAUGAAUUCAUGAAACAACCGGCACAUGCAUAUAUACAGACACACAAACCUAUGCAGACACACACAUGCAAAAACACUCUGACAUGGACACAGACACAGGCACUGAUACAGACAGACACAUUGAAAUCGUUAACUGAUUAUUAUUGUUAUUACUUCAACCAGUUCAUCAAGUUCAAUUGUAUGUUAUCGGAGCAAGGAUGAGGUGACUUUUAGCACACCUCAUGAGGCUCUCUUAUGCCUACACACGCACGCAUACGCACACACACACACACACACACACACACACACGCAUUAUGUUACAUUUGAGCAAUUCACUUUACAAUGUUUGUUAGUUGUUAAUAUGCUGUUGUGGUUGUUUUUACUUGAGAUUAAUAAAACCUAAUUCUACUGCAAUUUGUAUCUGGUGUCCUUCCUAUGGUUACAAAGUGAGAUAUAAUGCUAAUGGAAAGCCCUACACAUUGAAUUUAAGAGUAAACAACUGUUUAUAUGUAAAGCUGUAUUUGUCUCUUCAACCCUGUUACCAUCUUCAACCCUGUUAUGCUAGUCUCAACCCCGUCACACCAACAUUUUUAUAUAUAAUUUUCUUAAAAUGUUGAAAAAAUAAUUUAAUGUUUGCUGAUUUCUGUCUAAAAUAUUGAGCGCUAUCAUAUGAUCAUUGAUUUAGAUUAUAAUUCUUAGUUAAACUAAAUUUUUGAUGAAAAAUGACAAGAUUGCUUUCGCUCAUUAGUUACAUUUCAGGAUAUAAGAGAGUAAAAAUGUGUGAUUUUAAGUCAUUUUUCUAUGUAAAAUUAUUGAAUUAGUAUGGGGGACAUCUAACUAAUGUAAACAUAUUGAUUUCUUUCGAAAUACAUUUUAUGAUUAUAUUCAGAGAGCCUCCAAAGUGUCCAUAACAGGGUUGAAGUAUUACAGUCACUACAUCUUAAAAAUAUGAUCAAUAAUAAAAGAAAACUAAUGCCUGAGAUGGGAAAAUGCAUUUUUCUGAUAGUUAAAUAUAUCCUUAAUGAUGUGGGAUAUACAUAUAAAUAAUACAUUUUGGUAAAAAAUGUGAAAACAUCCAAGUCCAAUUUUAACCAUUCUCGUGGAAUGACUCA